CAAAAGGGUGCGGUAGUUGUUUCUAGGACAAAGCGGAAUUAACAUUCGCUGCGCGAUGUUGCAAGAGGAAGACCAUCGUGGUCGCACCCUGCCACUGGCACACGGAAAUCUAUGCGAGUAAACAAACGGCAGGGAAGAUCAAAUACCAGAUUACUGGUUCUUUACAGAUAGUCGGAUGGUGUGUUAGCGGAUUAAUGGUGUCAUUCUCGGAAUAGCUUUCUUAUCUGGCGAGAGAACAUAGUCACGUGACGUAGACCUUUCCUAAAAUACAGGUUCGUUCCUGGAUUGUAUUUAUUAUGGCUCACACAUAAAUGUGUGCGAUUAUUGGGGCUUAAUACAGACUACAUGUGCACACUGAAUAUCUUCGUUGAUAGUUAGGAUUCAGCGACUGCACUUUGUUAUGGGUGAAUCUAUGGGGUCAGUGUUUAACUCAACGGAAGAGUAGAUCUUACCGUUUGCUUGUUCACCUGAAUCCGGCCUUUGGGUGUUUGCUAAAUUCGGGUAAAAUGCCUGGAAUGGUGGUGUUCGGUCGGCGGUGGGGGAUCGCCAGUGACGACCUCGUCUUCCCUGGAGCUGUUGAACUGUCGCUACGUGUUCUGUGGUGGAUUGGCACCAUCAUUCUGUAUGCUUAUCACAAGGGUCGAUAUGAUUGUAAUGGAGGAGGGGUUCUUCACACCUACCUGGUGGGUCUCCUGGUGGUGCUGGCCCUCAUCAUUCUGUCCUUAUGUGCCAUCGUCUAUGUUAGUGCCCAAGGCACCAUAACCAACACCGGUCCCCGGCGCUCCAUUCCUGCACUGGUAUAUUUGCGAGCCAUCCUGUACCUCCCUGAGCUGGUGUGGGCAUGUUUGGGUGCGUUCUGGGUGUCUGAUGACAGUCAGGGUUGUGAUCCUGCAACUGUGGGUGCUGUCAUUGCUGCAGUUGUUGCAAGCUGGAUUAUACUCCUCUUCACCGCUCUGGGUGUAGUGUUUGUCUUUGACCCACUGGGCAAUCCGCGUCCUCAGACGGCUGGACUGGAACCACUUGGAGUGCGGGACCUGGAGAGCAAUGGGGGGAAUCAGUUUUUUUCUACAGCUCGCUCACUGGCUGUGAAAGUUUGGGAAUGCAGGUUGCGGCUGCUUUGUUGUUGUUUGCCUCUUGAUGAGAGUCAUCAGGCAGCUUUUUCCAACAUAGCAAAGCUUGUCAGCGGGUUUUUCUCGGACACAGACCUGGUUCCGAGCGACAUUGCUGCAGGUUUGGCUUUGCUGCACCAGGAGCAGGAUAAGAUGGAACAAAGCAGGGACCCCGAUGCUGUCUUGUCUCACAGCCCAUCGUCCCCUGUGGGGGGAGAUUUGGAUAGUGAAUUAGAGAAGGCGGCACAUUGUAUGCAGUUUGCGGCAGCAGCAUAUGGCUGGCCCUUGUAUGUCUACUCCAAUCCACUGACGGGAGCCUGCAAACUUGCUGGAGAUUGCUGCAGAAACCGUGCAUCUGACUAUGGAAUCGUUGGAGGCGACCACCUUGGCUGCCACUUCUCCUCAAUGCUCCUGAGUACCGGCCUUCAGUACAGAGACUUUAUCCAUGUCAGCUUUCACAACCAGAUCUAUGAGAUCCCUUUCUUUGUGGCUCUGGAUCAUAAGAGGGAGGCUGUUUUGGUGGCUGUCAGAGGAACCUUGUCGCUGAAGGAUGUGUUGACAGAUCUCUCAGCUGAAUGUGAAAACCUGCCCAUAGAUGGUGUAACUGGGGCCUGCUACGCACACAAGGGAAUUUGCCAGGCUGCGGUUUACAUCCACAAGAAGCUGAUCAAUGAUGGCAUCCUGAAUCAGGCGUUCUCCAUCGCUCCAGAGUACAAACUGGUGAUCACUGGUCACAGUCUGGGGGCUGGCACUGCUUCACUGCUGGCCAUUCUUCUGCGAAAUUCCUAUCCCACCCUGCAAUGUUACUCAUUCUCUCCGCCAGGGGGACUCCUAAGUAAAGCGCUUGCCGAUUACUCCAAAGAUUUUGUGGUCUCAGUUGUGCUGGGAAAAGAUCUGGUGUCCAGAUUGAGCAUUCCCAACAUGGAAGAUUUGAAAAGACGAAUACUGAAGAUAGUUUCUAAUUGCAACAAACCCAAGUAUCGCAUCCUGCUGCAUGGAUGCUGGUAUGAGGUCAUCGGGGGGGAUCCAGACGACUGCCCGACCGAGAUGGAAAGCAGGAGGCAAGAAGAGCUGAGCCAGCCGCUGCUUGGCGAGGAGUCGCUGAUGAUCCGGCACUCUUCUUCUUAUCAAAGUCUGGCAUCAGAUGAGUCGCCAACCCACACCGUGACACACCUGCCUCUCUUCCUUCCGGGGCGUAUCCUGCACAUUACAGAGGACGGACCUUCACGCAGGUCCUGCUUCUCCCAGGUCAGAUACCGUGCGGAAUGGUCAAAUGAAACGGCUUUUCACAGCAUUUUGAUCAGUCCUCAGAUGAUAGCGGAUCACAUGCCUGAUAUAGUGCUCCGAGCUCUUCACAGUCUGACCAAGGACAAGCCUUUUUUUCUUUGUCCGUCAUCAUCUAACACCCAGCACAGUACAGUCUGAAGUGCUACGCAGAUGUUAUCUGUGGAUAAAUGAUAUCAGUUGCUUUACAGGUUUUCUCCAUUCCUGCUGUUAUUCUAAAUAACAAUUCUGUGAAAAGUGCUCCGGGAUAAAACAGUGGCAAUCUUAUGAAUAUUUUUAUCACUUUAUUUUUAUCUGCAGUAUUUGUUUUUAUAAGUGGGGUGUGGCAUGUGUGACAACUGCUGUGUGGGAAAUGUAUGCAUGUCCAAUUGAAUUCAAUGUUCUGAUGGGAGGAACCAGCCCAGGUCCUGAGUCAUGGCUCUGCUACUUUUUGCUGUCUAUGACCUCACAAGCACACCAUGUCUGUCUAUUUUAAGUUUCAAUAUUCAGCCUCACCAGUUCUUUCUGGAGAUGGUGUAGUCAAGCCAUCCACCUUUAAAGUUUACAUUCAUAAAGACUUUUUAAAAAUAACCCAUUAUUGAUCUUCCCUGAACAGAUUUUUGUGAGGUUGCACUUGCAGGCAUUUUAUCAAUUGUUGUGAUUGAAGCAGCUUUAUGUAAUGAUCGAUGAAUGUAUGUAUGCCGCUUGUACAUUGAAUGUGUACUUCAUUUGUAAGUUUAUCCUCUGGCAUUAAUCACAACAUUCAAGUGAUGGUAAAUCUGAUCAGGAUUAGUAGAUUUGCCAGAAUAUGUACAUCUAAUGUUGGUUGAAAAUAUGUCCAUUUAACACAGUGAGUCGUGUAAAUUGUGUUUGUGAACCUUGUGUUAAAUGUUCUCAAAUAUCAGGGUGAACAGUGCCUAUGCAACAGGAAAGUACAAGUUCAAUGUAGAGUGUUAUUGCAGUAAAUCUGAACUGAAGUUCCCUCACCCAAAUUAAUAUAUUGCAUGGUACAUGAGUGGCGUAGACGGAGUGUAUUUGAUUUUUUUUAUCACGCUCGUUUUCAGGGGCUGGUUAAAACAAGAUAUCCUCCUGAAAUACAAUUGGAGAGAAAGUUGUGAGAAUGUACACUGGAGGAUAAUUAAAAAAAACGCUUUUGUAAAGUGCACACCUGUUUGUUUGUU